UAGAAAGGAAGAAUGCCAACACAGCAGUGACACCUUCCUUUGUUCUUACGCCAUUUACGCUAACAGUAACCGAUGAUUUUCUGAUUUUAUCUCUCCUCACCUUCUUUCUCUCUCUACAUCUAAAGGGAAGCAAGCAGUGCAGUUGUCAGAUUAGGGUUUUAUACCCCUUGUCGACAAUUUCAGAACCCAAAAUAAGGAAUCACGUCAAAUUUCUCCGGAUAAGGUGAAUACAACCAAAGCAUACCAUGAUUUGUUGAAUUGGGUUUGGGAUGAACAGACUCAUUUGUGGGUUCUUGGGCUGUCUUUGAUUCAAAUAAAAGAACCCAGAAUCAUAUUUCUUAAGGUUGAGCUGCGAAAACCCUGUAAUUUAUGUUUUUGGUUUGUGCAGUUCCUAAUUUAGAUUGUAAGGUGUAGCUGGUAAACAUUUGGAAUUUUAGAUCUACUCGUUGAUUUGUAUUUCACAGAUUAUCGAUAUAGAAAAAAUAGGCAAAAGAUCAUUAUUUGAUAGUGGAAUUAGUGAUUUUCUUAGAUACACAGGCUACAAGUUGGAGUUCUAGACUGUUUUGUUGAUGGGUUUUGCCUAGAUUUUGAUUCAGAAAUAGGAGCUGAGCUGUUGAAAUUUUUCUUUGUUGUUGUGACUUUGAGAAAAAGAUGUUAGUUUUUUGAGUUUUGGAUUGUUUUGUUGAUGGGUUUUGCUAGAUAUCAAUCACACCUUGAAGUGUUAUAGUUACAGAGUAAUUGUGGUUGAGGAAGUUGGUGUUGGGAAUGGAGGAACAAACAAUUUUUGGUGUUGGUUCUUCUGCGAAAUUAGCUAGGGAAGUGAAAUUAGAAGAAGAUGAAGAAGAGUUUCGGAGCUGUUGUGAAGAUGAGGAUGAAUUGAAGGAGAGGGAAGAAUCAGCAAAGGAUGGGUACAAGGACGAUCUUGACGAAUUUUCGGUGAAGAUGUUCUUCAAGGGUGUAUCAAUAGCUCAAGUUGGAGAGUCUGGUCCUGGGCUUUCUGGAAUUGGGGUGGUUAUGGAAAGGUCUGCUGAUGUUCCUGUUAUUCAAGUGCAGAAAAAACUCGAUUUCUAUGUUGAGGAAUCUGUGGCUGAUUAUUUAGCUUUGAUGGAUGGUUUGUUAGAGGCUGUGCGUAACAAUAUUAGACGGGUAUUUGCUUUUACCGACUCCAAGACCUUGUAUGAUCAGGUUAUGCAUGAAAAGAGUCUGGAAAAUCCUCUUCUUAUAGCAUUAAGUCAAAGGAUCUUAGAACAUGCCAAUGAACUGAACUCCUUUGUUCUGAAAUUCGUUCCCAGUGUUGAUCUCGAGAAACCAUUACACUUAGCCAGAGUAGCUAUAGGGAUUGUCUCUUUUCCUGCUAAAGAAGAUGACUCAUUUGAACACUGUUCCAUCUGUUGUGAGGAGAAGCCAGAACUAUUUAUGAUCACCUUAAAAUGCUCGCACAAGUUCUGUUCCCAUUGUAUGAAAAUUUAUGCAGAUGGUAAAGUACAGUGUUCCCAAGUCCCUGUUAGAUGCCCUCAGUUGAGAUGCAAGUAUUAUAUUUCCCUUACAGAAUGCAGAUCUUUUCUUCCGUUUAAUUCUUAUGAAUCAUUAGAUAGAGCUAUUGGGGAAGCAAAUGUUCUCAACUCGGAUAAAAUUUACUGCCCCUUCCCAAAUUGUUCAGUCCUGUUUGAUCCUCAUGAAUGCUCGUCAACUAGUGCCAGUUCAUCAAGUCAGUCAGACAAUAGUUGUGUGGAGUGUCCAGUUUGUCAGAGAUUUAUUUGUGCAGAAUGCGGGGUUCCCUGGCAUUCUUCAAUGAGCUGCGAAGAGUAUCAAAACCUCCCACUGGAGGAGAGGGAUGCUGGAGACAUUACGUUGCAUCAUCUGGCACAAAGUGAAAGGUGGAAGCGAUGCCAGCAGUGCAGAAGGAUGAUUGAACUUACAUAUGGCUGCUACCAUAUUACCUGCUGGUGUGGUCAUGAAUUCUGUUAUUCCUGUGGUGCUGAAUAUAGGGAUGGCCAACAGACAUGUCAAUGUGUAUUCUGGGAUGAUGAAGAGAACUCCGAAGACGUGGUCGCUCACGACACCCAAGAAUCUGAACAAUGGGCAUGGAACUCCUUUGAUCCAUUCCCUAUGAUUAUGGAUGCUUACUCGGAGCAAGAGAGAUCGCAGCUGGCACUGAUCCAGAGAUUCCUAGCUGGGGGUUUCAGCCUCAGCGACCAUCACCCUUACCAAUCCCCACCUCGCUGCACGGACUCCUAUGUUGAUGCCAUGAAGGAUCUCCAUCAGCUUCCUUGGCUUGAAAGGUUUGUAUCCGUGAUAAGUGAUAACUACUACGAAGAGUAUAUCCAGUGAAGCAAAUAUUGGAGGAAUGUGAAUCGGAAAUUACCAAUUGGAUUGGAGGUGGAAGAGUCUCUCACUCUCACUCCAUUUUCAUUUUCAGUAAAAUAUGUGUGGAAUAGGCAUUUCUUCUACUUUAAUGUAGUUCUGAUUAAAUCAUUUUAUGCUGGAAAACUUGUAAAGGUGAACCUCUUUGCUCAAGGAUGCAAAAUCUGUGCAUCAUGAUUUCUUUCUUCUCGAAUUGUAAGGGGGAAAAGAAAAGAAAGAACAUACCAUAUUUGAUCAACAAAUUGAAGGUCAAUGAAGCAAAGCAUAUUCUUCUA